UCAGCAAAAACCUUUAUUUCAUUCAAAAAAUUUUGAAUUCCAAACAAAUCUUUCGAAAAUGCCACCCCGAGUCUAGUCUUGUUAAAAGUACUAAGUAUGAAGCAGAGCGUAAGCAGGAACUGUUAAAUGGCUUAUAUGGAAUAAGUAAAAUGUGUGAAAAUAACCAGAACCCACAAACUAGAAUUUUCUUCAUUGGUCAGACCAAGUCUUCAACUGUAGAAAAGUCUUUCGGCAGCUCCAUUAAUUUACCUGAAGCUAAAUCGAGUUAUAUGGUCUCAACUACUAUAAGUACACAAUGUCAAAAGAGUUAUAACCAAGAAACUAAAUGUACCAUUUGUGAAAAGACCAAAUCUUCAACUGCAGACAAUGUUAAUGGUGCCUCAGUAAUUGCAGACGAAGGCAAAUCGAGUUGCAUGGUCGCUACUACUGAGGGUAAAAACUGUGAAAAGAUUGUCACCUUGAAGGAUGUGCCAAUAUCCACCUCUGUAAACAAGGCUUCCUUUGGUUUAGUAAUGUCACGUGGGGAGAGUUGCAUUGUCAGCACCGCAUCUAUAAUGAAACCUGAAGCAUUCUCUGCGAGAUAUACAUCAUAUAUCAAUGCAGUCAGCACAUCCUGCCGAUUGGGCUUAAGUGAAUUGACAAGAAUGGUUAAGGUUCCUGUUCAAAUUGGUUACAUGCGCACAAGAAAUUUUCUAUUCCGGAUGGAAAACUAUUAUCGGAAUUUGGUGAACAUGAUAGUUCAUGAAACAGAAAAUUAUGUGUUUGACUUAAUUGCCGAAAUUGAUGAGUAACUUUAAGACUGCUGACUUGAUAAGCUAAAUUUUGGUUCGAUGCUCUGGAUACCGAGACAUACUGGCGUACGCGAAAACAAAUAUCAAGACAAACCAGCCAGAAAGGAAGCAAUCAAAUCACACGGAUGAUGGGGCCGGAACCUUUCUGUGAAUCAGAACACAGUAUCCUUCUUUCUCUCAUAAAAAUAAAGGUGCACCAGAAAAAGGAAGAUUACUGGGAUAAUAUACCAGGAUUAACACAAUUCAAAUUAACAAUAAUAGAAAUCAGAAUGGUAUGGACCUAAUUAAAAGAAAUACUUAGAAUCUUUACAGGAAUAUUAACAGGACACUAUGAACUAAAAUACCACCAUACGAGACUGGGAAUGCAAAUUGUAGAUGUUGCAAAGAGAAUGAAGAGUCAGCUACAUAUGUGCUGUUAAAAUGUUUUACAUUCGGAUAGACUCCUGGGAACGUAUACCCUUACGAAAUAGGCAAUAAAACUUUGUAGAGUAGGUUCUGUACUACUUUUUAUUGACGCAACAGGACUUAGAGACGUACUCCAAACCAAGAAGGGGUCACAAUAGACGCUAUGGUCGCAGUACCAUAUCCCAUAGCAGUAAUAAUAAUACAUAUUUAUUACAUAUUAAUAAUAUUUCUAA